CUCAUCUCAGCAGCCUAUAUAUUCUCAGCCACGGACUGUGCAGAACACAGAGUCAGUUUCCAACAACUCACCGACUGAACAUCAGCUGCAGAGUCAGUCAUGAAGUUCCUCGUGGUGCUCGUCCUCGCUGUUUUCACCGGUUGCAAUGCCAACCUCUUGUGGCAAAACCAGCCCAAGCGCCAGGUUGACAUGGUGAAAGAUGCUUUCUGGGACUAUGUUGCCAAGGCAACCAUGACCGCUGAGGACUCCCUGAGGCAGAUCAGACAGUCUGAGCUGGGAAAGGAAGUGAACACCCUCAUCUCUGAGAGCACAGACGCCGUCAACAAGUUCAGCGAUGCUCUGCGUACUCAGAUGGCUCCUCUCACCCAGAACUUCAUGUCUAAGUUUACCCAGGAGGCCGAGCAGCUGAGGACCCGUCUGGAGAAAGAUCUGACCACUGUAAGCUCCAACCUGCAGCCCUACGCUGAGGAGCUGGUGGAGCAACUCCAGAGGCAGGUGGAGGAGCUGAAGAAGGAAGCUGCCCCCUACGCCGAGGCCAUGGACCCAGAGGCCCUGAAGGCCGUCCUGCUGCAGAAGAGCCAGGAGCUGAAGGGGCAGCUGGAUAAGAGCGUGAACGAGCUGCAGGCCCAGAUGGUUCCCUUCACCGAGGAGAUGAAGCAGAAGAUGGAGCAGAGUGUGGAGGAGUUUCAGAGGAGCAUGAUCCCCAUGGCCCAGAGCUUCCAGACCCAACUGACCCAGAAAACCCAGGAGAUCCAACAGAACCUGGCUCCGUAUGGGGAGGAGCUGAAGGCCAGGCUGGACGCUGACACCCAGAACCUGAAGAAGCAGCUGGCUGCUCUGUGGGAGUCCUUCGCUAAGCUGACCCAGUAAAUGGACUAACAUCUAAGCUGGGUUUUGAAUUACUCUCUCCUGCCUUGUCGUCAGGGAACUCUGCUGAAUCAGGACAGUGUUUAUGGGACAGAUAAAAGUACAAUACCUCAUUUUCUAUGUUUUUUUUAUGCUCUCUCAGGGGCGACCCUCUGACAUGUCAGUAUUUUUUCUUUUGUGUGACUGUGUACAACCAUAAGGUGUUAU